AUUCUCGAAAGAAUCCACCAAUAAGAAUCAACAUUUAGAUAUUGCUUGACUUCGAAGUCGAUCAACUACGUUAAAUAAAAAUAAUGUCACUGAACUAAGAACUUUAUUUCAUAGUAAUAAUUAAAGUAUAUAUAAAUAUAUACGAAGGAUUAUGUGUCUCUCGUAGAGAUGACAUUUUCACAAAAUAUCUACACGUUAUAGAAUUGUUUUAGUUCUAAUGGACUAACAUGUUUAAGUUUUUCAACAUAUGGUUAAUCAUUACACUUGGUCUGCUAAAAAUAAUAUGGAAAAAUUUAUUAGAAUUGCGCAUACCAUAUUACAAGUGGUACGAUAAGAAAAAUAGCGUAUGCAUUUUAUAUUCUAGCAAUAAUUUUUUAGUUGUUCAUAAACCUUAUGAUAUGUUUAUAAAUAGUAAUAGUCCAGAAAGAAAGAAUACGCUUCAGUUUGUUUUAAAAGAAAUGUUUCCAAAUUUGGCUAACCCAAUGUUAAGCCAUGAAUUUCAUUUUGUGCACAGAUUGGAUUAUGCUACAAGUGGCAUUAUUUGUAUAGCAUUAAAUAAGCGUGCAGCACGUGCUGCUUCUAUUGCAUUUGAAAAACAAGAAGUACAAAAAUACUACUUAGCGUUGUUACACGGUCAUGUAAAUGAUUCAUUUAUUAUAAUUGACAAGCCUAUUGGUGAUGAUAUAAGAGAAAUAGAUGGAAAUAAAAAAAUGUGCACAAGUAACAGCUUAUAUUGUAUAAAGCCAAGAAAGUCUCGUACUGUACUUUUAGUAUUAGAAUAUGGUUUUAGAAAAUGUAAACCUGCUACUAAAGUAUUAUUAUGUCCUAAAACUGGCAGAAGGCAUCAGUUGAGAGUACAUUGUGCCUCAAUAGGUCAUACAAUAAUAGGUGAUUAUACAUAUAGUGGAAGACAAGAUGUGGAGCCCCAUAGAACAUUUCUACAUUCUUUCAGGUUAAUAUUAAAAAAUAAUGUGGAAAACUUAGAUUUAAGGACAGCAGAUCCUUUUAUAUCUGCUGAUUCAGCAAAUAAAUGGCAACCAACAAAUAUUAUUAGAACAUUAGAUGAAAAUAUAUUUUCUGAAAUUCAUGAACUUGCGCAAUAAAAAAUAUUUAAAAUAUGAUAUUAUAUAUUAAAA